GAGGGGCAGGAGCUGAGGGCAGGGCAGGGCUGCAGGACACAGGCAGGGUCUUCUAGGGGCCCGAGAUGGACCCCUUGCUGUCGCUGGGUGCUGGGCUCCUCCUGCUUGCGCUGUGGGUGCGGCACAAGGGGCUGGAGUACCUGCUGGUCCAUCACCGCUGGGUCUUCGUCUGUCUCUUCCUGCUGCCCCUCUCUGUCCUCUUCGACAUCUACUACCAACUGCGGGCCUGGGCCGUGUGGAGGCUGCACAGCGCCCCUCGGCAGCACGGCCAGCGUGUCCGCCACAUCCAGGCACAGGUGCAGGAAUGGAAAAAUGAAGGUGGGAAAACAUACAUGUGUACUGGCCGACCUGGCUGGCUAACAGUAUCACUUCGUGUUGGAAAGUACAAGAAGAUUCAUAAGAAUAUAGUGAUCAACUUAAUGGACAUUCUAGAGGUAGAUGUUGAAAAACAGGUUGUCUGUGUGGAACCGUUGGUCACCAUGGGGCAGUUGACAGCACAUCUGAAUCCUAUGGGCUGGACGCUUCCAGUAGUACCAGAACUUGAUGAUCUCACAGUAGGUGGUCUGAUCAUGGGAACUGGCAUUGAGUCUUCAUCCCAUAUCUAUGGACUAUUUCAACAUACCUGUUUGGCCUACGAACUUGUUCUUGCUGAUGGAAGCCUUGUGAGAUGUACACCAACUGAAAAUUCAGACCUAUUUUAUGCAGUGCCUUGGUCUUGUGGCACUCUGGGAUUCCUGGUUGCUGCGGAAAUAAAAAUAAUUCCUGCUAAGAAAUAUGUAAAAUUACAUUACAAGCCUGUGAGAGGUUUGGAAAAGAUCUGUGAAAAAUUUACUGAGGAGUCUAAAAAGAAAGAGAAUAACUUUGUGGAAGGACUGGUGUACUCCUUGGAAGAAGCAGUCAUUAUGACAGGAGUCUUGACUGACGAAGCUGAAGACAGCCAGAUAAACAGAAUUGGUAACUACUACAAACCAUGGUUUUUUAAGCAUGCGGAGAAGUAUCUGAAGGCUAAUCAAACUGGAAUAGAGUACAUUCCCUCAAGACAUUACUACCACCGACAUACCAGGAGUAUCUUCUGGGAACUCCAAGAUAUCAUUCCCUUUGGCAAUAACCCUGUUUUUCGUUACCUCUUUGGCUGGAUGGUUCCACCAAAAAUCUCACUAUUAAAACUGACACAAGGAGAAGCUAUUCGAAAGCUGUAUGAGCAACAUCAUGUUGUACAAGACAUGUUGGUCCCAAUGAAAAGCCUUGAAAAAUCUAUCAGUACCUUCCACAGUGACCUGAAUGUUUACCCACUGUGGUUAUGUCCUUUCAUAUUACCCAAUAAUCCUGGCAUGGUCCACCCAAAAGGAGAUGAAAUGGAGCUCUAUGUAGAUAUAGGAGCUUAUGGAGAGCCUAAAACAAAGCAGUUUGAAGCCAGGGCAUCUAUGAGACAAAUGGAAAAGUUUGUAAGAAACGUGCAUGGUUUCCAGAUGUUGUAUGCAGAUUGCUAUAUGAACCGUGAGGAAUUCUGGGAUAUGUUUGAUGGUUCACUAUACCACAAGCUGAGGGAGCAAAUGAAUUGCAAGAAUGCUUUUCCAGAGGUGUAUGAUAAAAUCUGCAAAGCAGCACGGCACUGAGUCUGGAUAACCUAAGUAAGCAAUCAGGGAAGGAUGGAUUUACCUGUAGUAGUCAGUAUAUCCUUAUAAAAGCUUUAUCACUGUCCAAAUAAGCUCAUGUUGAUGUUAAAAUACAGAUUUCUAUUUUAUAAAUUCACAUUCAAUAAUUGUUAGUAUGUUUUAAAAACAAUUUCCCCAACUCAUAGUAAUUUCAUUUCAGGAAUCAAAGUCCUAGCCUGCCACCUCUCUUUGGCUUGGUCUACACUACCCCCCCUAAUUCGAACUAAGGUACGCAACUUCAGCUACGUGAAUAACGUAGCUGAAGUCGAAGUACCUUAGUUCAAACUUACCUUGGUCCACACGCGGCAGGCAGGCUCCCCCGUCGACUCCGCGGUACUCCUCUCGCCGAGCUGGAGUACCGCAGUCGACGGCAAGCACUUCCGGGUUCGACUUAUCGCGUCCAGACUAGACGCGAUAAGUCGAACCCAGAACUUCGAUUUCCAGCCGUCGAACUAGCUGGUAAGUGUAGCCAAGGCCUUUGUAGCUUAGUUGCAGACAUAGCGAUGUAGAUGUAAAUUUACAUAUUUCUAACUGUAGGGGGGGGGAAUUUAGAAAGACAAAGAUACUUAAGUAAAUCAGUUAUUUAUUGCAGUGUACAUCUGAGGCAGGUAAGAAGGUCACAAAAUUAGGUGCCAAAGUUGAGAGAAUUAUUUUCAAAUUAAUUAUGACUUUAAAAAUGUCUAUUUCAAAUCGGUAACUGGUGCAGGGUUUAAACUUAAAAGAAGUCAAAAGUUAACACAGUUUAGAGAUGGUUACUGAAAUCUUCAAAGUAAACUCACAUUACUAAUGCAGGUAAAUAAAUGGUCAUUGACAAAGGUCUUAAUUUCAGAUCUGAAUAUCAAAGUUUGAAGAAAAUCCAUUUUGCUUGUGCCUAUCUGAUUUGUACUGAUUCUGUUUAUAAAUGUGUGAGUGGUCAUGAGUUUUAGAGAUCUUCUUUUUUUAAUUAAUAUGAUUAAUAUGAUUUGAAGAGGAAACAUUUUGGCUUCCUAGACUACUGAAAAUUUCUGCUGCUAUUCCAUAUAGAAAAGUAUUAUCUAUAAUUUGUUACUUGUCAUGGGGUCUAUUUUACUUUUUAUUAUGGAUAAUUUUAGUGCCUUAUAAGUAUUCAGUUGGAGAAGAUAUGGGCCAUUUCAGACCAUUCUAUUCUUUGGGUGAGGGGAGGGAAACUAAAGGGCCCGUUGUCAACAUUAAUAAUUUAGUUAUAUAAGGUCCAUUUGAAUAAAUAUUGGUGAUAAGUGUAGGGGACAACCUAAAAUCCAGUUGUGAGGUGGAAGUUUGAAAUACACAAAACAUGGCUCUGACUUUUUGCUUUCCAUUUUAGCUGGAUUAGUUUGAUAGGUUUUAAAAAAAAGACCCCUUCAACCAACUGAAGAAGAAAUAACAUUAGAAAAAUCUGCAGAGGGUUUACUAUUCAAGCCCCUUUUCUAACUGUGUGUUUCAUGAGCAUGGAAACGUUUUGACAUUGCAGAUGGUACAACAUUUUUUAAAUUGAGUCCACAUCUGGUCCAAACUACUUAAAGUUGUUGUUUUAACAUUUGUUGGGCUUGUGGAGAAAUUUAUGUUCUUGCAUUCUGCAUAAUGUGAAAACAGUUAUAAAACAAUUGCCAAUGGGGGGGGGAUUCCUUUUUAUGUUCUAGUUCAAUGCUAAACCAAUGAUUGUUUAGUGAUAGAUGGACAUUUAUAAUACAGAUUAAACCACUGAUAAGGCAUUAAUGGAAAAUAAACUUGGUCAUUCACUUUGUGAUGCAUACUGGGCCAAAUUGCAACCUUGCUGGUGCUGCCAUGCGGGAGAGUAAAGGGAUAUAAGUCAUCCCCUUAAGGCCCUGUGUAUGCUGUCCAUACUGUGUGUGUCAGUCCAGGGGGAGACAUAACCAAUGCAGAGCAGGUACAUCCCUUUCCAUCCACAUACAUGAGUGCAACAGGGUGGGGAUUGGGUGGGGCCCAGGCUCAGCCCCCCCUCCAAUGUGCAGGCCAGCACAGCUGUGUCAGCGCUCCAGAGGAUGUAUGCUGUGCCAGGUAUAGACCUUGGAGCAAGGACUAGUGGAAAACAAAUUGUGAUUGUGUCAUAAUCUACCUUUCAGUCUGCUCCUGGGGCAGCACAAUAAUGGCUGACCUUUUUUUCAUGGCAAAGCCAUGAUUUCACCUAUUAUCUGUAGGAUACUCUGCAUUGAGUGAGAAUUGGUUCACUUAGCUUUUAAAAGGCAAUAUUAAAAAAAAAUAAAGGAUAUGCAAAGAUAUUAAAUCAAAAUAGUAUGUCUCUAACUUGGGUAUUCAUAGCCUUUAGUUAUACACUGUAUUUGUUACUUCAUAAUUUGCCUUUGCAAACUUUUGGUACAACAUGAUUUUAAUGUUCUGUAACUAUGGUUAUCGUGAACACACACACUUUCUCUCUCUCUCUCUCUCUCACAUAUAUGCACAUUGCUGCUGAUGAAGUUUGAAAUUCUUGGCUGUAUUAGCUGUUACAAUUAAAAAUAUAACCAGUUGUACUGUUAAAAUGUUGUUUUUUUAUGGUUGACUAAAUAAAAUAUGUUUUAAAAAAUCA